AUGUCCGACUUCCAGAUCUCCGUGGAGGAGCUCAACGACCUGCUGGCCAACGGCAGCGGCUGCUACAGCCUGCCCAGCGCGCACAGCAACGAGGUGGCGCCCCGCAUCCACGUGGGCAACGCCUUCAUCGCCAAGAACAUCAUGCGGCUGCAGCGGCUGGGGAUCACCCAUGUCCUGAAUGCCGCCGAGGGCCGGUCUUUCAUGCACGUCAACACCAACGCGGAGUUCUACGAGGGCACCGGCAUCACCUACCACGGCAUCAAGGCCAACGACACCCAGGAGUUCAACCUCAGCCGCUACUUCGAGGAGGCCUCUGACUUCAUCGAUAAGGCACUGGCGCAGAAAGAUGGCCGGGUGUUUGUCCACUGCCGCGAAGGCUACAGCCGCUCGCCGACGCUGGUCAUCGCUUACCUCAUGCUCCGGCAGCACAUGGAUGCCAAGAGCGCCGUGAGCAUGGUCCGGCAGAAGCGGGAGAUCGGCCCCAACGACGGCUUCCUGAGGCAGCUGUGCCAGCUCAACGAGCGCCUGGUGAAGGAAGGCAAGGUGAAGAAGCCGUAGCUGCC